AUGGCUACGCCCGAUCCACUCAUCCAAAAUAUCUCCCUUAGUGAUAUAUUAUCGGAUGCUUUGUAUAUAUUCCAGGAACAUAUUGAGGCUUUUUUCUUUCUCGCAUUAACCCUAUUCUUUGUGUUUCCUUUUUUUUCGAAACGAGGCAUAUUCGUGGCUUCAAUUUACAUUACCUCUUACUUAUCUUUUGACGAAACAGAGAUAAAUGGAAGCUUACUUAAAAGAAUUUUGGAUUUUUUCAGGCAAACAUUUCCCGGUGUUUCCAACUUUAGCAUUGGAUUGAUAAAACGCUACGCCAAAGACUGGUACUGGCUUUCUCGCAUCCUUGAAUUUGGGAAUAAUGUUGCGGAAAGUCAAAACCCGCAGCCCAAGGGUAUUUUUGAGCUUGGUCGUUUCUUUAAAAGAAGAUUACCUAAGAUUGUAAACAUCACCCUUCCGACAUUAGAUCCAUCAGUCCUUUAUAGUCCCAGUAUAGUCUUUAAUAUUUUGAAUAUAUAUUACGUCUUUGACUCUAUCCAAUCAAAGUUUCAGAGCGAAGAAAUCCGUUGCUCAAUUUCAGCAAAAUGUGUAAUAUUCAUCUUGUUUUAUAUAUGGCAAUAUGACUCACUAUUGCCUGGAAACGUUUUUAUUUAUUCGUUCAAAUACUCUCCACUCCCUUACAUAAUGAUUGCAUUGAUCCAAGCUAUUGAUUUCAUCUUUUCAAAAUGGAUUCCAUGUUUACUAUUGUCUUGUGGCUUGAUCCUACUUCUUAAUAAGGCAAUUAAUUUGGCGCUAUUCUUGUCUCAGUAUGUCUUAUUUUCGCUGGGUUUUAUUUUUUAUCUUGAUUACUUUUUUAUCAAGAGCAUUUUUGGGACCUCUAUGUUUUGUUUUAAGGCAGCCACUAUUUUUGUUGACCUAUUUAUGGGGAGGGAAUACGUUCCAUAUUUACAGGCAAUCUGGAAGGAACUCAAAACGGGAUUCUUAACUCGUUCAAAGUACUGGCUUCAAGUUGCAUAUUCGGAUGCAAAGUUUAGAGUAUACUUCCUUGCAUCCACUAUUUUCAUUGCAACAGGGAUAAUCAAAGUCAUUUUUGACCUAUCUAUUUUUGGAAUUUCAACAUGGUUCCCAUAUUUGUAUUUCGUUUAUAGCUCUUGGGGAGAUGUUCAUGUCACAUACGAUGAUGAUUGGAGGAAUAUACACUUUAAAACUUCUAGAGAUCCCAAUGACUUUAUUACCAAUAUUUCCAAGUAUAUUUCCAUUGUUAGUUUUACCUUUUUGGGUCUUCUUUUUCUGGUCUGGGAUAGCCCAUCCACAAAUGAUAGAUAUUCAUGUAUAAUACUCUCGGUUCCUAUAUUCAUGAUCCUAUUUUCUAUAGGGUAUUUCUCAUGUAAUAAGGGCGGCCCUUUUCAUACCGACCCAUUUCAGCUUGUUGGCUUAAUUUACACCAUUUAUUCUGAGGAUGUUUGUGAAGCAGAAGCAUCAGCAACCUCCAUUGAGGCUGGAGGGUAUCAAUCGACCAACCCCAUUCCAUUGGCGUCUCCCCUUGAAGCUUUAAAGGGAAAGCAAAAUAGGUUAUUAUCCCAGAAUAUUCCGCAACUUGCUGUAGCCCUCCUUUGCGAUACCGGAAUGUUUACGAGCUUUUUCGAUGCAUGGAGUAUUCUUCGGCCCAUUAUUCGGGCCUUUUCAAAACAACGGCUCGCUUUUGGGAUUGAUAACCUUGCGAUUUUUCAGAUUUUGGAAAAUCUCAAGGGAAACAAAGAUGCCUACAGUUACGUCUCGCAAUCAUCAUUGAAGGAUUUUGGUGAUUUUUCUAACGAAUUGAGCCAAGAAGAGAGGGAACACAGCCUCCUUAGAGGCGAGCAUUAUUCUUGGAGUCCACGGGCUAUGCUUGAGACCUUACUUUAUAGACCGAAAAACUACUCCUUUAAUUCAUUCAGAGAUGGGCAUCACGGCAGGCAUUUUUGCCGGCUAAUCAUGGAGGCAUUUAUUUAUGGAAUCUUAUUAUCUUCAAAAUUGGUAAUCUUACCUAAAGGUUCAGUACUUACAUCCUUUAAGCGUCUUUGGUGGAUCAUUUGGUCUUUAUUUGUAACUACUAUGACGCCAAGGUCUAUAAGCGCGGAAAGUAUUCUCAAUCAAGUACUAAGAUCUUCGCCAAAAAACAUUUUGAAGUCACUUUUUAUAGGCGAGAAUUAUCAUUUUACGCCGAAUGGAAUCAUCUCCUUGUUCCGGAAUGCUAUUUCUCGUAUACCGCUAAAGCCAUCAGUUGCAUCUGGUAAUGUUAAAUUCCUUCACUGGUUUAUCUAUUCGCAAUCUUUUGGUAAAUUUAACAUUAUCCAGUUUGCCCAAAAUUGGAUCUUUGGCCUUCCAAUUCAAUCUCAAAUUAUUUCUGUUCAAAUUCAGAGGCAGUUAACCCUGGUGUCUGGCUUGUUUUUUAGAACCUAUCCACAUAUUAAGAUGAUAUUAUUGAUUUUUAUUGGUGGUCCUUUUUUGAUGGCCUACCAAAGGCCUUGGAAUUGGAUGGAUUUUUAUUCGAUCCUCACAAUCAACUGUAUAUAUUGGGGAUGGAGACCAUCUGUAAAGAUGAUAUAUGAUGCCCCAUACCCAUCUUUAGCUAUUCGAAGAUGCGAUGAGUCUUUGACUAUGUUUAUGAUUUGCUUCCUUUUUUCGCUUGGCUGGAUGCUUCCAAAUUUUCUAGCGAGAAUGUUCAGACCCUUGAGAUUUUUAUUGCAACUCUUUUCGUUUUACCUUCUUGGAAACAUCCCAAGGUAUCUGCUAAAUAUAUUUGGCGGCCAUUUUGGUGAAACUGGUUCUCUACUUGGAACUGGAAUGGUGCUUUUCUCCAUUUCUGGCGCACAGGUGUAUAUAUACAAGAAAUUAUAUAAGCUCUUUUCUACAAACAUAUGGAACGGAAUUAGAGUUUCGUAUGGUCAAGGGGAGGAGGCCAAAAAACUGCUAAUGAACGAAUUGAGCGUCGAUGGCCAAGCUAUUGACGUUUCUGAAGACGGACUAGUGUCUCUUGAAACUUGUCCUGGUAUCCGCUCAUAUUGGCUUGAUGAGAUUGUUGAAUUUUUGGGAGGAAAAAAUGUUCCCAUGGAGAUUAUAUAUCCCAGUAUUCACAACAAUCCCGGUUAUCUUGAUCUGAUUGAUUCUUAUUUUUUCCCAGACGACGAAUUUUCAAAAAGAAUUCAAGACAAACCAGCACUUUAG